AUGGCUGGUGCUGGUCGUAACGAUUGUAGAAUAUACGUAGGAAAUCUUCCCCCAGAUAUUCGCACUAAAGACAUCCAAGAUUUAUUUUAUAAAUUUGGUAAGGUAACCUUUGUGGAUUUGAAAAACCGACGCGGUCCACCAUUUGCUUUUGUAGAAUUCGAAGAUCCGAGAGAUGCAGAUGAUGCCGUCCACGCUAGAGAUGGAUACGAUUACGAUGGGUAUAGAUUGAGAGUAGAAUUCCCUCGAGGGGGCGGCAGCCACGGUGGCGGUGGUGGCGGUUUCAGGGGCGGUCGAGGUGGUGGCGGAGGAGACAGAGGAAGAGGAUCUAGAGGACCCCCGGCGCGGAGAUCUCAGUUUAGAGUUCUUGUUACAGGUCUACCACCAUCGGGAUCUUGGCAAGAUUUAAAAGAUCACAUGAGAGAGGCGGGCGAUGUUUGUUUUGCAGAUUCUUUUAAAGAUGGGUCAGGUGUUGUGGAAUUUUUACGGUAUGAGGACAUGAAAUAUGCUAUCAAGAAGUUGGAUGACUCCAGAUUCAGGUCCCAUGAGGGUGAAGUAUCAUAUAUUCGGGUGAAGGAAGACAAAGGUGGCAGUGAAAGAAGAUCAGGGGGCCGAUCAAGAUCCAGAUCUUUCUCACCACGCAGAAGGGGCUCUCCUACAUACAGUCCCGUCAAGAGAAGCUUCUCCAGAAGUCGUUCUCGUUCAUAA